AUGUCUCCAACACUUGCAAGAGAUGACCCCAAGCGUUUCCAUGCUCUGGAAUUCGGGUGCGGCUGGGGGGCCGGAUGCAUCGAGACCUGCCUCAUGUAUCCUGUCUCCAAAAUCUCCUUCCGCCAGCAGGUCCUCGGCUAUAACAUCAUGGGCGCACUUAAGGAUAUCAAAAACGAAGGAUUCCCCCUGCUCUAUCGCGGUCUCAUGCCUCCUCUAAUCAUGCGAACAACAUCUAGAGCGGUCAUGUUCGGGCUAUACGAUAAAUUUUUGACGUCAUUUGGCGGAACAAAAUACAUCAGAGGUUCGCCGAUCAUUACGAAGGAGAGGGCACAGGCCGCGUUUAUGGCUGGGACCUGCGAGGCAACGAUGGCUCCCCUCGAACGUAUUCAAGUUUUGUUGCAAGCAAAAAAGUACAACUCAGUUUUUAAGAACACGGGUGAUGCCUUCAUCAAUAUCCUAAAAGAACAUGGCAUCCGCGAAUGCUACCGUGGCAUCUCCCUAGUCGUCGCCCGCAACGGUCUCUCAAACAUCAUGUACUUCAAUCUCCGCGGCCCCUGCAAACUCUACAUCAUGGACAAAGCCGAAUCGGAAAACAGCCAUUUUCUACACAUAAUCGGUGACUUCAUCUCUGGUGCCCUCCUUGGAGCCACCAUUUCCACUGUGUUCUUCCCGCUAAACGUCGUUAAAAACAAUGUACAAAGUGGUUUGGGGAAAGAAGCUGAAUCACCACGGCAGGCGUUGCGGCGAAUACUAAAAGAACGCGGUGGGAUACGCCAGCUGUAUCGAGGAGUGCAUGUGAAUGCCUUUCGAUCGUUGUGUGGAUGGGGCAUCACCACCGCGGCCUAUGAGGGUCUCCUUCGUUUUGGGACUAACAUU